AUGUUCUAGGGGAUUCGUUCUAGGGUAAACUUGCAGAACCAGAGCUGAGGUCGAUCGCGUGCGUUUAAAGGAGUUUUACUGGGUUGAAGUCAGAAUUGCUUAGUAUGCAAAGCUUUAGCCGGAAUUGGAGGUGUUCUUCUAGAUUUCAUCGUGGAUUGCUUAUCAGGAAAUCAUCAAUUGAAACUAACAACUCUCGCUCGUUAUCGAUCGAGCGUUUAUGGCGAUUUGGAAAUAUUUUACGCCAGAUAUUUAACAUUGAUACAGGAUAAGAAGAGUGAUUUGCGAUCCGUCACGCGAAUACCUUGUGGCCCCCUACACCGAAGUGAGGCAGUACCUGGUGUUUCUUGGACAGUUGAUCUCGUAAAGUUAACUCGGUUUUGAACCUCAGAGAGGUUUCCUCCUGAAAUUCAGAGGACUGCUUUCUUGGUGCGCUCUAGGUUCUAAGAUUUUGGCGAGAAGGACUAUAUACACAUCGACAAACGCCAUGGGAUCAUUGAAAGUUGCCGUCAUCGGCCAGUCGCAGUUUGGUCUGGAAGUUUACAAAAACCUUCGAUUAAAAGGCCACGAGAUCGUCGGAGUAUUUACAGUACCUGAUGUUAAAGGAAAACCGGAUGUCCUUGCGACAGGAGCUGAGCAAGACGGUGUGAAAGUCUUCAAAUUUCCGAGAUGGAGAACAAAAGGGGAACCGAUUCCCGAAGUUGUAGAGGCGUACAAAGCUUGCGAAGCGGAAAUAAACGUGCUUCCAUUUUGUUCGCAGUUUAUUCCCAUGAACGUUAUUGAUUUCCCUAAACAUGGAUCUAUCAUUUAUCAUCCUUCUUUGCUGCCCAGACACCGAGGAGCUUCGGCUAUUAAUUGGACUUUAAUGGAAGGAGAUGAACAGGGAGGCUUCAGUGUGUUUUGGGCUGAUGAUGGUCUGGACACAGGACCUAUCCUUCUUCAGAAGAGUAUAGAUAUUGAUCCUAAUGAGACAGUUGACUCUUUGUACAACCGUUUCUUGUAUCCUGAGGGCAUCAAGAGCAUGGUGGAAGCUGUUGGUUUGAUUAGUGAUGGAAAGGCUCCAAAAAUUCCUCAACCAGAAGAAGGAGCAACUUAUGACAAAAUCUGGAAAAAGAAAGAAGUGGCCAAGAUCAACUUUACCCAGCCUGCUAAAGUGUUACACAACUUCAUUCGUGGAAAUGAUAAACUUCCAGGAGCUUGGGCCAUGAUUGAUGGUCAGCAAGUAACAUUUUAUGGGUCAUCACUGACACCGGGUGGUGAGCCCCCAGAUGGUUCUGCAGUCACAAUUGAAGGCCUUGAAACACCUGCUAUAGUGCACAGUGGUGGUAUGACGUUGACAGGAACUGAUGGCAAGAUGUUAACAGUGAAGACCCUUCAGCUUGAGGAUGGGCGUAUGAUUCAGGCAUCUAAAUUUGGUCAAGCGGAAGAAGCAGCCGAAGCUAUUGAGCUCACAGAAGAGGAAAGAGCCAUGGAAGAAAAACUGAGGGAAAUUUGGACAGGGAUUCUGUCAAAUUCUGAUAUUGUUGAAGACACUGACUUCUUCAAGGCUGGGGCUGGUUCAAUGGAUGUUACACGGCUUGUUGAAGAGGUGAAAGAAAAGUGUGCAAUUGUCCUAGAAGCAGAGGAAAUUUACAUGAAUACAAGAUAUGGAGAUUUUGUUCGAUUGUCUGUCCUGAGGUAUCGUGGUGGAGGGCAAGAGGAGUUUAGCUGUAGUACUGUUGAUAUGGAUGUGAACCACAUGACUAUUCACAUGCCUUAUCAGCUGUUUAUUAAUGGAGAGUUUGUAGACUCUUCCAAUGGUCGCACGUUUGACACCAUCAACCCAACUGAUGGUUCAGUUCUUGCCAAAGUCUCCCUUGCCAGUGUAGAUGAUGUGGAUAAGGCUGUUGCAGCGGCAAAGGAAGCAUUUUACAAUGGGCCAUGGGGAACGAUGAAUGCUAGAGAUCGUGGUCACUUGAUUUAUAAGUUGGCUGACCUGAUGGAAGAACACCAGGAAGAACUUGCCACCAUUGAAUCUCUUGACUCUGGUGCUGUUUACACACUGGCCCUCAAGACACAUAUUGGAAUGUCUAUUGCUACUUUGCGUUACUUUGCUGGAUGGGCUGAUAAGAUCCAGGGGCUCACAAUUCCAAUCAACAAUGCAAAACCAAACAGGAACUUGUGCUACUCAAAACGAGUACCAAUUGGUGUCUGCGGUUUGAUUGUGCCUUGGAACUAUCCACUGAUGAUGUUAGCUUGGAAGAUCUCUCCACUUUUGGCUGCUGGCAACACUGUUGUACUCAAACCAGCACAGGUGACACCAAUGACAGCUCUGAAGUUUGCAGAGCUUUCUGCUAAAGCUGGAUUUCCCAAGGGUGUCAUCAACAUCUUACCUGGAUCAGGUUCUGUUGUAGGAAAUGGCAUCUGUGUUCAUCCUGCUAUCAGAAAAGUUGGUUUUACUGGAUCAACUGAGACUGGACGGUCGAUAAUGUCAAGCUGUGCUGUCAAUGUCAAGAAAUGUUCAUUGGAGUUAGGUGGAAAAUCACCUCUUGUCAUAUUUUCUGACUGUGACAUGGAUAGAGCUGUGCGACAGGGAAUGAUGGCUUGUAUGUUUAACAAAGGAGAGAACUGCAUUGCUGCUGGACGGCUUUUUGUUGAAGCAUCCAUUCAUGAUGAAUUUGUGCGGCGAGUGGUGGAAGAAAUAAAAAAGAUGAAAAUUGGGGAUCCGCUUGAUCGUUCAACAGACCAUGGUCCUCAGAAUCACAAAGCUCAUUUAGACUCCCUUCUUGACUAUUGCAAGAAAGGAGUGGAGGAAGGAGCCACACUAGUCUAUGGUGGAAAACAGCUUGACAGGCCUGGGUACUUUUUUGAACCCACUGUGUUCACUGAUGUGAAAGACAACACAUUUUUGUCACAAGAAGAAUCAUUUGGCCCUAUUAUGAUUAUCUCUAAAUUUGAAGAUGGUGAUGUUGAAGGUGUGUUGAAGAGUGCCAAUGCUACAGAGUAUGGGCUAGCCUCUGGGGUGUUCACAAAGGAUUUGAGCAAGGCUCUUCGUGUGGCUGAUGGAUUGGAUGCAGGGACGUGUUUUGUUAACACUUACAACAAGACAGAUGUAGCUGCCCCAUUUGGUGGGUUCAAGCAGUCUGGCUAUGGGAAAGACUUGGGGGAAGAAGCUCUUAAUGAAUACCUGAAGACUAAAGUUGUCACUGUAGAAUACUGAAUGUCUAAAUUAUUUGAUUUGUUAUGGAAUGCAGAAACAGAUGCGCUAUUUUCAUGAUAAUAUAAUUUUUUAUUAGUACUUCAUUAGGUUAUUGUGAGCCCUUGGAAUGGCUGAAACCUUAAUCUUUUUUGCUAACUCUGGCUUUUAAUGACAGUAGUCAUGACAUUCAGUGGAGUCUCAUUUUCAUUGUAUCAACAGCAUCAGUAAUUUUUUUCCUUCUGGAAAUGUCAACUAAACAAUAAAAGGCAUGCUAGUUAUGAAAAUAUAACUCAGUAACUUCUAGAACAGGAGUAUAAAAAAUAUGUAAAAGUUACUAACUGUAACAGAUUGCUACUACAUUCUCCUGUCAACAAAACAUUAUAUAUAGGACCCGCCCUUAAAAGAAGAGUUGUGUUGUAAGAAGAUUUAAGUUGAAGGUUUAACAAAAAAUACAAUUGUAAGUUGUUAACCACUUUAACUUCCAAGGGUGAACAAGACAGAAUUUCUCCCUACGGUAGACAGACAACAGAAAAGUGAUGAGAAUAUAGAAACAAUAUCAGGGGAUUGUUAGUAGAUCCAAUACCAAAUUCUUCCAAGUAACAUCUCAAGAAUUGUAUGAUAAACAAUAAGGAGAAUUACUAAUUAGAUCUUGGAAGUGAAAGGGUUACAUUAAGUUGUAGCAAUUACAACAGAGAUACAAAGACAUUAUUAUUUUGCCAUUGAUUUUGAACUUUCAGUACAUCGAUCAGCAAAUUCUGUCUACCGGCAUCAUAAGGAAUGUAAAAUUAUAAGUGGGAGAGAUUUGUAAUUGAUCCAGGUUGCAAACUUAUUCAGAUCAUAGGGAUUUCCUAAUUGUUUUAAUUGAUAGAGAUGGUAGCUUUGAGUUGUAUGUAGAUAUUUUGAGUGAGUCUAAAUGGGAAGAUUACAAAUUUUCUUUUGGUUUACUUGCAGUGUGCUGCCUGAGCACAAGCAAUAAAUGUUGGCUGUGUUUCAUUUUGUUGAUUUGUACUUCUUACAAAAAUCAAGAUGUGCUGAAGUCUUGUGCUGUACUUUAACUGUUUUUGUCUAGUCUGGCUUCAGCAGUCAUUAUUCACGUAGCCAAUUUGCAGUAAGAUAAAGCCUAAAUCUUCUAAUCAAUUGCUAAAAAUUUCUGCAAUAUUUUAAAUUAUCCUUCAACUGUGAAGAAUAUGCCAUAUUGCAUUACUUUGUAGACAGAAGUCACAGCUGUCUUUGUUGCCUAGCAACAGUAGAACAUUAUGUGCACUUGUUAUAGUGAGCAAAAAAGAUAUUAAUAUGAUGUUAAUUAUUGCCUGCAUUAGGUUUUAGAAAGACAACUAUUGCAUGUACUCUGUUUUUGAGCUGCUGAAUGAAUGGUGCUAAAUAAAAUCUUCAGGUUGUUAGUGAG